AGCGUGUACAAGUAAAUUGUCAAAUUUGUUUACCAAAGCAGUUUCGAAAAAGUUUUCACGUAAUUUGGUGCGUUUGCGAUUAAUUUCGACUGGAAUCCUCAGCAAUAUGAGUCAAAUACGUAAAAAAUUUAGCCCGGCCGAAUUGCGAGCCCUUCUGAAAUGUUGCCUAGAGGUCAACAUGGAAGCCGUUCGGCGAUCCGGGAAGCCAUGGGCUUACCUAUUCUGUACUGUUCAAAAGCGUAUGGCCCGAUAUGGAAACUUCCCAGCUCGAAAACUGCACUGCUAUCGAAACAGGUAUAAAAUGUCACAGAUGAGUUUUAUGGAAGGAAAACUUAAUAUACGGGAAGCUUACAGUCUUUGGGGUGAUGGUAGACCACCAGAUCUUGAUGGAAAAUUCAUCGAAAAAUCAACAAAGAAUCGUAGAAUGAAUAUAGGACGUAAAGAAAAACGGGCCUUGAUAAAGUAUUGCCUUGAAUUCAACGUUGAAGAGAUACGAGUUUCCCGUGAAGGUAAAUGGUUGGCGUUAAUGGCGAAGGUGCGGGAAAAAAUGAUUCAAGAUGAGUUUCCGAUGCGAUCAAUUAACUCUCUUCGGCAAUGGUAUAUGAAUGCUCGCAAAGCCUUUUAUGCUGGUACAUUCACGGUACCAGGAGCAGAGAAAUUAUGGGCACCGUUUAUCGCUGGCGAUAAAUCGAACUGUGCAGAGAAUAAUGGCAAUGAGUCUUCCUCAGAGGAUGAAGGAAAUGAGUCUUCCAUAAAGGAUAGAGAAAAUGAGCCUCCCUUUGUGGAUAAAGGAAAUGAGUCUUCCUUAGAGGAUAAUAAUAAAUCUGAUGAUAAUGAUAAUAAUGAGUCUUCCUUAGAGGAUAAUAAUGAUGUUCAACAAGACCAUGAAUGGUUUGAUUCAAAAUUUUCUGAUGAUGAUGCGCCAAUUUUAGCUACAGAGCGAGCUAAUCUGCCGGAAGUGCACAGUCUUUGGGAUAAUUGUAGAUCACCGGAGCUCAAUGAUAAAAUAAUAGAAAAAGCCCCAAAACAGAAACCCGAAUCCAUCCAAAUAUCCGAAACACGUGAGCGUAGAGUAAAUAUAGGAUUUAAAGAAAAACAGGCCUUGAUAAGGUAUUGCCUUGAAUUCAACGUUGAAAAGAUACGGGUGUCCCGUGGUAAAUGGUGGGCGUUAAUAGCGAAGGUGCGGGAAAAAAUGAUUCAAGAUAAGUUUCCGAUGCGAUCAAUUAACUCUCUUCGGCUAUGGUAUAUAAAUGCUCGUAAAGCUUUUUAUGCUGGUACAUUCACGGUACCGGGAGCCGAGAAAUUAUGGGCACCGCAUAUUGCUGGCGACGAAUUGAACUGUGCAGAGGAUAGAGGAAAUGAGUCUUCCUCAGAGGAUAAAGGAAGUGAGUCUUCCUUAAAGGAUAAUAUAGAUGUCCAACAAGGCCAUGAAUGGUUUGAACCAGAAUUUCAUGAUCAUGAUGCGUCAAUCUCAGCUAGAGAACGUGAAAAAGCGUGCAGUAUCUGUAAAACUUCAAAUGUAGGAGAGAUGAAAAAUGUAUUAACACAAAGUGGUUACGGAUCUACUUAUUCGGAAAUUUUGCAGGACUGUUUAAAUAUCAAGAUAUUUUGCAAAGAUGAUAUCAAACUAUUGAUUUGUGACACAUGCUCAUCUUUCAUAGAAAAUCUUUUCGAUUUCGUAAGAAAAUGUCGACAAAGUUUUAUGGAUCUAAACGUGGAUAUCCUCGAUGGGAUUGCUGAUAAGGAUUCGGCUCACAACGUUCAAACAAUAGACGAUCCUUUCUAUGGAUUUGACGAGGUUGGACAUGAAUCACAACCGGUAAAACAUGAAAUCAUGCCUAUUGAAAUCGAUCUCAAGAAGGGAGAAAAUGCUUUAGCUUAUAUCUCUUCUGAUCAGAUGGGAACCGUUCAAAAACACAAGGCACGUAAGCGUGGGAUUAAUAUUACACCUGAAGAACGACUAGUCUUGCUGAAGUAUUGUCUUGAAUACAACAUUGAACAGAUACGGAUUUCCAAUAAUGGUACAUGGUUAGCUUUACUGGCAAAGGUGCGUAAAAGAAUGAUUCAAGGAGGAUUUCCGGUGCGAUCAGUUGAAUCUUUCCGACAAUGGUAUAAAAAAUCUCGAAAAGAUUUCCUUGCUGGUAAACUAACAAUACCGGAAGCCGAACAAUUAUGGGGAUCACCUUCGACAGGUGAUAACUCGAAUUGUGACAAAGAUCAAGGAAAAGAGUCAACAUCUGAGGAUAAUAAUGAUACCAAACAAAAUCGUCAAUGGUUCGGACCAGAGUUUUCUAACCAAAAUGGUUUUGCUCAGGAAUGUGAAACCACAAUUUAUGAAACAGAGACACAAGAAGUGGAUUCUUAUACAUCAGAAACAAAUGAUCAAGAAUACAACAUAGAAGAGCCGUUGAAUUUUGAAUUCACAGACGAGCUAUUCCAUGCACCGACAAGCGAGUUUACGGAUACCUUCCAAAUUCUCGGGGAACAUAAACGUGGAUUAAACAUUAAACCUGAAGAAAAACAAGCCUUGCUAAAGUAUUGCCUUGAACUCAACAUAGAAAACAAAUGGGUUUCCGGCAAUGGUACCUUGGUAGAUUUAUUGAGCUCGGUACAAAAAAAAAUGUUCCAAAAGGGAUUUCCGGUGCGAUCGGUUAACUUUCUUCGACUAUGGUAUGUACAUUUCCGCAAAGCUUUCAAAGAAGGUAAAUUAACAGAACCGGAAGCUGAAAAGUUAUGGGGAUCUGCUAUAACUGGCAAUAAUCCAAAUGUUCCAAAAGAUGAGCCAACAACUGAUGAUGAGAAUGAUAACAAACAACAUUGUGAUAGGUUCGGACUGGAGUCUUCUGACGAAGAUUCAACAAGGUUUGCACAGGAAUUUUCCGGUGAAAAAAUGAACUGUGGAAUGGAAGCGCAAGAAGAGGAAGCUAAUAUAUCAGAAGCAGAUGACAACGAUUGCAUAGAAGAACCGUUGAAUAUUAAAUUUACAGAAGGGAAAAAUUGCGAUUUCACGGAAACUAUUCAAAACAACGGAAACCCGAGGAAACGUGGGUUAAAUAUAAAAUCUGAAGAAAGAAAAGCCUUGUUUGAGAGUUGCCUUGAAUUUAACAUCGAGGGUACACGGCUUUCUGGUGAAGGUAGUUGGAGACAUUUAAUGAAGAAGGUGCAAAAAAGAAUGAUCCAAAGAGGAUUUCCGUUGCGACCAGUUGAUUCACUUCGGCAAUGGUAUCAAAAAUCUCUAAAAGCUUUCAAUGCUGGUAAAUUAUCAGAACCGGAAGCAAAAAAAAUAUGGGGGUCGCAUAUUAUCGGCGAUGAAUCUAAUUAUACAGAAUCUGAGCAGCAAGAGUUAGAGUCUGAGGAUAUUAAUGAUACCAAACAAGAAAUAGAAGCGCUAGAAGAGCCAUCUUUUGCUUCCGAAAUCGUUCAUCAUGAUCGCAGAGAAGGGCCGUUGAAUAUUGAAUUUGGCGAAAAGCAAAAAGGCGAGUUAACGAAAAUUACUCAACAGUUCGGAAACCAUAGGAAACGUGGGUCAAAUAUAAAACCUGACGAAAGAAAAGCAUUACUUAAGUGUUGCCGUGAGUUCAAUAUUGAAACGAUACGGCUUUCCGGUGAAGGUAGAUGGAGACAAUUACUAGGAAAGGUCCGGAAAAGAAUGAUUGAAAGAGGAUUUCCAGUCCGAUCAGUUGCGUCACUUCGGUCGUGGUAUCUUAAAUCUCUAAAAGAUUUCAAUGCUGGUAAAUUUUCAAUACCAGAAGCUGAGAAAUUAUGGGGAUCAUCCAUGGCUGAUGACAAUUCGAAUUGUGCAGAAGCUAAUCAAAGUGAGUCUACUUCAAAGAACAUGAAUGAUGCCAAACAAGGCAGUGUUUAUAUUGGAAAAGAGUUUUCUGGCAAUUCAGAUUCACCCUUGUUUGCUCAGGAACGUGAAAAAAUAAUCGAAAGGACAGAAGAACUGGAAAGGGUAUCCAAUGCAUCAGAAACAGAAGAUAACAAAUACACAGAAGAAUCGUUGAGUGUUGAAUUCACAGAAGAAGAAAUUCGCGAGCAGACACGUAUUUUCACGGCAAGUAUUAGUAAACCUUCACGACAGUGUGAUGUUUGUGGAGUCUUUAUUCGAGGAGGAGAUUUUAGUAGACAUUUGCAAAUCCACGAGGGAAACACUUUCGCCUGUAAAUUUUGUGGUCGUGUUUUUAACCGCAUAGAUUACCUGAAGCGACACGAAAACCUUCACACAAAAGAACGUGAAUUCAUCUGUAAACAUUGCGGCCGAGUUUUCUAUAUUUGGAAAUCUUGGAAAGACCAUGAGACUAGGCAUACGCAAAAAAGCAAGCAUAAAUGUACUGAAUGUGGUAAAGAAUAUUUAAGCAAAAUUAACCUACAGGAACAUUUUAAGUUCAAGCACCUUGGACAAUGUCAAUUCACCUGUAAGCAGUGUGACUUCGCAACAAACGUCAGAAAGCGAUUGCUUCACCACGUACGAUGCAUUCACACAAACCUCCGGCCAUUCGGCUGUCCAUUCUGUGACAAUACGACCAGUAACGAUGCCAACCAUUACGUCCAUUUCCAACGACACAAGAAGAGUGGCGAAGCUACCGUCUAUCAAAUCAAGUGUGCUUACUGUGGCGAACUGUUCCUUAAAGAUGCAGCAUUCGAGGCUCAUAUAGUAAAAUAUCAUCCAGAUAAAUCAGUUGAGCUAUGAGUACCACGAUCUUCCUUAUAAGUGUGAGCAAAAAGAGUCCUUCAAAUGCACUACACGGUUGA